AUGAAGAUUAGUUUGCUAGGGUUUAUGGCAAUCUUGGAAAAACAUAAACCUUAUGUUUCAAUGAUCUUUAUUCAAUUCAUAUAUGCAGGAAUGGCUCUUCUUUCAAAAGUAGCAAUAUCCAAAGGAAUGAGUCCUUAUGUGUUUGUUGUUUAUCGCCAAAUCUUUGCUUCACUUGCCUUGUCUCCAUUUGCUUAUUUUGACAGUAAGCAUGGUGCUCCAUUAUCAUGCAACUUGUUGUGCAAAUUGUUUCUAGUUUCUCUUGUUGGGUUAACAGCAAGUUCAAACCUUUAUUAUGUUGCAAUCAACUAUACCUCUGCAACAUUUGCUGCAGCUUCCACAAACACAAUCCCUUCAAUUACUUUCAUCAUGGCAAUUUUAAUUGGGGUUGAAACCAUAUCAAUAAAAUACAAGCAUGGAGUGGCAAAGAUUUUGGGCUCUGUUCUAAGCCUUUCUGGUGCUAUAGUAUUUGCUGUAGUUAAAGGACCACCAUUAGAUUUCAUAAAGUGGCAUUCAGAAAAUCAGAAUCAUAAUUCUCAUGAAUUUUCAAAACUUCAUUCCAAAGGAGAUAAUAUUAAAGGCUCUCUUAUGAUGCUCUCAGCAAAUACUUUUUGGUCCUUAUGGCUUAUUUUGCAGGGAUUUAUUGUAAAGCAAUACCCAGCAAAAUUUAGGCUCACAUUGAUACAAUGCUUUUUUAGCUUUAUACAAUCAGGAAUAUUAGCUAUUGCAAUGGAGAGGAAUCCUUCUGCAUGGAAGUUAGGAUGGGAUAUUCAUCUUCUUUCUGUGGCUUAUUGUGGUGUAAUUGUGACUGGUAUUUGUUAUUGGUUGCAACUAUGCACUAUAGAGAAGAAAGGUCCAGUUUUCACUGCAAUGUUUACCCCUCUAGCUCUUGUACUUACAGCAAUUUUCUCAGCAAUUUGGUGGAAAGAAACACUCUUCUGGGGAAGUAUUGGUGGCACUGCUUUGCUAGUGAUUGGACUGUAUAGUGUGUUGUGGGGGAAGAAUAAGGAGUGUGUAAUAGAACAGGUUGUAGAAGAAAAAGCAGAAACUAGAUUGGAGUGCGUUAUACAGUGUGAUGGAUUUGAUAAAGUUUAA